GUGGCUGAGAUUCCACCUCCACCCACCGCCGUUCCUCUGACAAUGAGAGGACUGUUUCCCCCGCCGGCUAACGCCACGCCUUAGCGGCCGCGAGGAAACAGCUGGGAGGAAACAGACAGACGGUAGAGUCCCAUCGCCCUGGAGGAUCGUCUGUCCUGGAGGAACCUCCUGAGGGAGAACCGUGGUCCGAGGACUCUGGUUCUGCGCUGAGGAUGUGACCCGGAUCGGUCGCCAUGUCCUGGUACGACAUCGCUAUCAAGAAGCUGGGCUUCCCCUCCGUGGAGCUGUUUGUGAAGGCAGGAAGUGACGGCGAGAGCAUCGGCAACUGUCCCUUCUCCCAGAGACUCUUCAUGAUCCUGUGGCUGAAGGGCGUCAUCUUCAACGUCACCACCGUCGACCUGAAGCGGAAGCCGGCGGACCUGCAGGAUCUCGCCCCGGGGACUCACCCUCCAUUCAUGACCUUCAACGGGGAGGUCAAGGUCGACGUGAACAAGAUCGAGGAGUUCCUGGAGGAGAAGCUGGUCCCACCGCGAUACCCAAAACUGGCUCCUAAACACCGUGAAGCCAACACGGCCGGGAACGACGUGUUCGCCAAGUUCUCCGCUUACAUCAAAAACCCAAGAAAAGACACUAAUGAGGCCUUAGAGAAAGCCUUGCUGAAGUCUCUCCAGCGCCUCGACGACUUCCUGCGGACGCCGCUGCCGGAGGAGAUCGACGCCGACGCGUCGGGAGAACCGCCCGAGUCCUGCAGGAGUUUCCUGGACGGACCGGAGCUCACGCUGGCCGACUGCAACCUGCUGCCCAAACUGCACAUCCUGAAGGUCGUCGCUAAGAAGUACCGCGGCUUCGAGAUCCCGGCCAGCAUGACGGGCGUGUGGCGCUACCUGGACGGCGCCUACCGGAGGGAGGAGUUCUCCAGCACCUGCCCCGCCCAGAAGGAGCUGGAGUUCGCCUACCUGGACGUGGCCCGGCGGAUCAAGUGAUGGACGCGGGUGCUAGCGCCCCCCGCUGGGUGUUCCUGGAACCAGCAGCUCCAUCAAGGACACUAGAUCUACCGUUAGAUCCAGUAAAACAUAGCGUCUGCAGGAGUGUGUGUGUGUGUGUGGGGUGUGUGUGAUUCUGUGUGUGUGUGUUGCGCUCACUGGCUGGGCUGCGUUUCUCGUUUUAAAAACCGUUAAUUAGGAGGCUGCUUGCUACGACGGAGUAUUAGGGCCAAACUAAGACAAAAAAAAAUUGGAAAUUACGAGAAUAAAGUCGUAAAAUUACGACUUUAUUCUCAUAAUUUCCUAAUUUUUCUUUGUCUUAGUUUGGCCCUAAUACUCCGUCGUAGCUUGCAGAGUUCCUUCCUGACUUUCUCUUCCUUCUUGUUUAUCGUUUUUCUGUAGCAGGAGAAGUUUUUCUGCAAAACUCACGAUUAAAAGCUC